AAGUGUUCGAACCUCCUAAUGGAUCGCCUCAAUUUAACCAACAGACGAACUAUGGCAUUACUUGCAAGUCGUUGUUACUAUUAUCACAGUAGAAGCUAUGAAUUGGUCGGCCGACUGGAAGCUGUUCGACCCUUUUUCCAUGCUCGUCUUUGCACUGCCACUCUGCGCUCGAAUUAUGAGACCCAAGCUGUAUUGAUCAACUUGCUUCUUCGAAACUACCUGCACUAUCAGCUGCACGAACAAGCAUCAAAACUGGUGAGUCGAGUGGUUUUCCCGGAAAGUGCACCAAAUAACGAGUGGGCUCGAUACCUUUACUACUUCGGUUGGUUGAAAGCAAUUCAAUUGGAUUAUUCUGCUGCCCAUGACCAUUUGGUAUCAGCUCUUCGAAAAGCACCACAAAAUUCGGCUAUCGGUUUCAAACAGGCCCUUCACAAGUUAAACACAGUAGUCGAGCUGUUGUUAGGUGAUCAACCGGAUCGUUCCAUAUUCCGACAAGCAAACUUUAAAGUGGCCUUGCAACCCUACUUCCAGUUGACCCAAGCAAUUCACACAGGAGAUUUGGGACGCUUCAAUGAGGUUCUUCGAGUACACGGAGCACAGUUUUCUGCCGACAAAACUUACACUUUGAUUCUUCGUUUGCGUCACAAUGUGAUCAAGACUGGUGUGCGUCGUAUAUCCCUGAGCUAUUCCCGAAUUUCCCUGGCCAGUAUUGCCGAAAAAUUGCAAUUGGAUAGUCCAGAGGAUGCUGAGUACAUAGUGGCUAAGGCUAUACGCGAUGGCGUGAUUGAUGCUAUUAUCAAUCACGAACAAGGAUAUGUAACGACUAAAGAAACUUUGGAUCUCUAUUCCACUCGGGAACCUUUUGAUCAGUUCCAUCAACGAAUCCGAUUUUGUCUUGGUGUACAUAAUCAGGCAGUCAAACGGAGAGAACGAGAACAACAAGAACUAGAAAGCGCGAAGGAACUUUCCGAAGAAGAUUUUGAUGGGUUCCCCUAG